AUGGAGAAACGGAGCCUUAAUUCUCCUGCAAAGUUUCUUCAAAUCAAGAGCACUCGAGGGGCAGGGAUCGCCAGUGUCUGCAACAACGCAUGGAUCACCAGUGGCUGCAGCAGCUGCGGGAUGAUGGCGAGCACUCAAGGAGUUGAUGAUGGCCAGGCCAGCACACAAGGAGGUGUGAGUCCAUCAGACCAACCAGUCCACCACACCUGGAGCAGCACGCCUGAAACGGAGAGCAAUGGCAGCACGUGGAUGCCUCAAGUGAAGGCGUGGCGCAAAACUGGGAGAGCAGCGGACAGAUCAUGCCUCCAAGCUCCGGAGUGUGGCGGAUUGCUCGUGGUGCAGCUGUGGGAGAGCAACGGACGGAGCAUGUGCGGUGUGCUUUGUCCAGUGGUUGCAGCGGAUCACCAGUGGCUGCGACUGCAGGAUGAUGGCAAGCACACACCGACUUCAUCUGUGGUGGAAGCAGUGGUAGCAACAUCGGUGCUGUGUAUUCUACAUGCUUCUAAGUGGCUCUCUGUUCUCUCUGUUCGCUCGCGUCCGCUUUCUUCCAUGUCCCGUUGCUGUCCCGUCGGCAUCUCAGAGGUGGCUCUUCUGUGUCCGGUACCGCAGUGCGGCAAUGGGGGUGAAUGUGAGAGCAAGCAGCACAGGAGGGUCGUUCGGUCGUUAGCGUCGUCGUCUGAUUCCGAGUCGUGGACGACGGUUGUCGGCGGAGCAAGCGACGGCGACGCAGCUAGUGCGACACGUGCGACAACUGCGACGGGUUCGGCGGCGAGCGGCGGCCAGGAGCAGGCUUUGUCGCAGGAUGGAUCGCACGCGCAAGUCAAGGCGGUGGGGGGGGGAGCGGGAGUGAAUGGUCAGGUGGAGGGGUUUAGAACGGUGGAUGGAGGUUCGGAGGGGGGAGAGGAGGACGACGAGGAGGAAUGGGAAGAGGAGGAGGAUGAGGAGGAGGAGGAUGAGGAGGAGGGAGAGGAGGAGGAGGAGGGAUGGGAGGAGGAGGAAGAAGAGGAGGAGGAGAGUGAGGAAGAGAGGAGGGAGAGGAGGCAGCAGUCGGAGCAGUGGCUGCUGAAUUUCGACAAGCUCGGAUCCACAGUGCCGGUAUCCGCGCUGGACGCGCAGCAGCUGCGCCUGUACUUCGCGGAGUCGCUGGCGCGCAGCAGCCGUGCGGGCGCGGGGGAGGAGGUGGAGGCGCGCAUGGCGGAGAUGCGCCGCCUGGGUCUCCGGGCGGGCGCGCGCGCGCACCACGCCGCAGUGGUCGUGCACACGUCCAAGGGGGACCUCUUUGAAGCGCGUCGUGCCCUGCGGCGCAUGCUGAACAGCGGCGUGUUUCCGCUGUACGAGACGCUGGUGGCGGUGCUGCGGCUGACGCCGGGCGUUACAGCGCAUGUUGAACAGCGGCGUGUUUCCGCUGUACGAGACGCUGGUGGCGGUGCUGCGACUGAGUUUAAACUCAUAAACAUAUCCCCCUUUCCCACCGUCACCCUCCUCUCCCCUUACCGCCUGUUCCCCUCUUAUCAGCGCCGGGCGUUACAGCGCAUGUUGAACAGCGGCGUGUUUCCGCUGUACGAGACGCUGCGCCGCGCCAUGCGCCGCAUGUUAAACAGCGGCGUGUUCCCGCUGUACGAGACGCUGGUGGCAGUGCUGCGGCUGAGCGGGCGGAGGGGGCAGGUGGCGGAGGGGGAGGGCAUCCUCGCGCUCAUGGGGGAACUGCAGCUCAAUCAGCGGGCGGCGUGGGUCGUCCUUAUCGAACGCCCUCCCAUCCCCACUCCGCCGUCCCCCACCCCUGUUCCUCCAGAGGAGCUAUUUGCAUCGGGCAGUCAUGCGGAGGGCAAGGCGCUGCUUCUAAGAGGAGUGGAGGACGGGAUGUGGCCCACAGCAGGCCUCAUAGACACAGUGGUGGAGAGCAGCUGCCGGGAGGGAAGGCAUGCGGACGCACAUGACGUGAUGAACGCUCUGGAGCAGCGCGGAUGGACGCCUGCCACGUUCCACCAUAACUGCGUGCUCAUGAGCAUGGGUGGGGGGAGAGUGGGGGGAGGUGGGGGUUUCCACCAUAACUGCGUGCUCAUGAGCAUGAGCAAGGCGGGCGUGCCGGAUGUUGCGAUGCAGAAGCUGGAAGUUAUGGUGGAGGAGCAACGCUCCACCCCUCAAACCCCUUUCAACCCCUUCCUUCCCCCCUCCCACCCCUUGUCAACUAUCACUUCGGCUCCCCCUCCUCCCCUCCCACCAGAGCAAGGCGGGCGUGCCGGACGUUGCGUGCAGAAGCUGGAGGCCAUGGUGGAGGAGCAACGCGGUGACUGGGAGGGCUGGGGUUGUGGGCGGGCCGCGAGGGAUGUUGCGGAUGGCGGGGAGGGGGGGUGGGGUUAUGCGUGGGCACAUAAGGCGGGCGAGUUGGACAUUGCAGUGCAGAAGCUGGAAGCCAUGGUGGCGGAGCAACGUGAGGGGCUGAAGGAGAGCCGCAGGGAGGGCAAGCCUGACGUGCACUCCUACAACUGGGUGCUUGAGGCUUUCGCCGCACACCCCCAGGAGAGGUACGAGGACACGUUGGAGUACGAGGACACGUUGGAGUACGAGGACACGUUGGAGUUCAUAGGGCGCAUGGUGGAGGACAGCACAGUGCACCCCAACAGCAAGACCUACGCUACCGUGCAGGGUGGUGUGGUGCAGUACCGUGCACUGCAUCCCAACGGCAACACCUAUGCCCUGCUAGUGGGGAUAUUCUGCAAGGACUGCAACUUCCUAUCAGAGGCAGUGCGGCACUUUCCCCUGCAUCUGUUCCCAAUAGCUGUGUUCCCUGCCUUUGCCGCUCCCCCGUCCCUCUCUUUUUUCCCCUCCCCUAGUCUGCUGAUCGAGAUAUUCUGCAAGGACUGGAACUUCUUAUCAGAGGCAGUGCGGCACUUCCGGGCCCUGCAGCGCCUGCCAGGCCAGAUGCCCUGCCUCGACGUGCAGAGGGGCGACCGCUACCACGCCACUGCUCUCUUCCUCAGAGCGCUCUGCCGAGCAGGUGGGUUGUCAGCUGAUGUUUGCUCUAGGCGAGUCAACAAAGUUGGACAUGCAGAGGGGCGACCGCUACCACGCCACUGCUCUCUUCCUCAGAGCGCUCUGCCGGGCAGCAGGCAAGUGAGCUUCUCGGCUGAUGGGGAAGAAUGGAAUGUUGUGAGUUUCUUUUCCUCGUUUCUCGCGUUCCUCCCCUUCUCCCCCGCUCGCUCGCUGCCCCAGCUCCUCCGCAGGUCUGCCCCAGGUCUGGUGCAGGAGAUGCAGGAGGUGCUGCAGGCGAUGGUGCGAGACAGAGUGAGGCUGCCAGAGUCGGCACUGCUGGUGGACAAGCGCACCCGGCGCACACUGGUUUCGGCAUGGAUGCAGCCGUGCGACAUGGAACCCGACUAUGGGCAGCCCACUGAUUACAUUCAAAGAGCCGCAGAGGAGUCGGAGGAGUGGAGCAGGCAGAGGAGGGAGAAGAGGGGCAUGGAGCGGCACGGGGGGUGGUGGCGGGUCAAGAUGGAGACGGACGAGCUGCCGGGCUUCUGGCUGCUCUCUCCUCUCUCACCCACCCUUCUGUCGGCUGCGGACGAGUCGGACAACUGGAGUGUGGAGAGGAGGGAGAAGAGGGACAUGGAGCGCCACGGGGGGUGGUGGCGGGUCAAGAUGGAGACGGACGAGCUGCCGGGCUUCUGGCUGCCGCCGCCCACGGUGUCGUUCGAGGAGAGCCUUGUGCGCCGCUUUAGGGCCUACCGCAAACAUCUCUACUACACACUCAUGUGGCGGGGAGUGGCAGCAUGGCCGGCAGAACUGGGAGUGAGCAAGGAGGAGGCGGUAGAAGUGGCGGAGUGGCUGGAAAUGGAGCUACAAAUCCAGGGCCCCACAGGGGCGGGCGCAGGCACUCCCAUGGGUGGAGGCGGAUCCGCCCUACUCCCAGCCGCAUCUGCUGCUGCCGGUGCUUCUUCUAGUGGUGAUGCAGGCACUGCUGUUAGCACUGCCACGACCAGCAACAGUGCUGCUGGUUCUUGGGGCCUAACCGGGGGCUUGACGGGGGGCCUGACGGGGGGGUUGAUGGGGGCGAGGGGGGGAGCAAGGGCGCCCAAGGCGGCGAGCAAGAUGGUGGUGGGGGAGCUGCGGCAGGAGCUGGCGGGGCAGGGGCUGCCCACCGAUGGCAACCGUGCCGUGCUGUAUGCUCGAGUGCAGCGCGCGAGAAGGCUAAACAAGGCGCUGGGGAAACCGCUGUGGACGCCGCAGACCCGAGAGCCCGUCAUGCAGGCGAGUGCCCGAGUGGAGUAUCUCCUGGAGCACCUGACUCUAGACGGCACAGCGCUGUCAUGGCCGCAGGUGAUAGAGAUGACUGAGACUCCUUUUCUCCUUGCCUUUCCCUGUAACCCCCUUGUCUUACAGGCGAGCGCAAGAGUGGAGUAUCUGCUGGAGCACCUGACCCUGGACGGCUCAGCGGCGUCGUGGCCGCAGGUGAUCGAGAUGAUGCGGGAGAGCGAGCGGCGGGCGAGUGAGGCGCAGCAGCAGCGCGAGCAGGACGAGCGGCAGCGGGAAGCAGACGAGAAGCAGCGGGCGGCGGACGAGCGGCAGCGCGUGGAAGACAAGCGGAUCCGGGCGGCACUGUCCGGCGGGGAGGAAGAGGAGGAGGAGGAGGAAGAGGAAGAGGAGGAAGAUGAGGAAGAAGAUGAGGAUGAUGAAGAUGAGGAGGAAGAGGAGGAGGAGGAGGAAUUAGAAGUUGACGAUGUGAUAGAUGAUGAGGAGGAUGAGGACGAAGAGGAGGAGGGGGCGGUGGGGGAAGAGGACGAGGCGGUGGACGAGGAGGAGGUGGCGCCGGGGCAGGCGGGCGGCAUGCUGGGCGGCGGAGCAGAGAGGGAGGUGUCGGUGCUGGCAAUGGAGGAGGAGGGCGUGCGGGGCGGCGGUGGGCUGCUCACGUCGCAGCUUGUGGGCGGCAGUGCGGGCGGCGGGGGUGGGAGCGCAGCGGGAAGAGCCAAGGCCAAGUCGUCGGACCUGUAUGAUGAUGAGGACGAGGGGGAGGUGCACGCAGCAGCGCCGGCCAUCCUGGCGGGGUCAGCAGCGCAGGCAGCAGAGGAGGACGAGGAGAUGCAGGCGUUCCGCGCAGAGGAGGACCUCAUACCGCUCUCCACCACUCUGGACGGCAUCUUCACCCUGGAGGAGCGGUGGGGGCACUGGUGGGAGCGGGCGGACAAGGAGCGUGUGGUGCUGCCGUGGAGUGAGAGGAUGGAGCUGGACAGCGCUUGGAGCAUCUUUCAACUGGUGAUUGAGCUGGGUGGCGUGCCAACCCUGGCGGACUGCUGCAUGGUGCUGUGGGCGGCAGUGGACGGCAACGAUUGUCGUAUUAUGCAGGGGGUUGUCGAGAAGUCGCACGCGAUUGGUCACAAGUUCGGCAUGUGA